AUGCCUCAAGCAGCGUGUAAGCUUUCUGGUGUUAACUGCAAUGUGAUUGAGCCUCCCCCUAUCGUUCACAAGUACUCUCAGCCUGGAGAUAUCACCGUUGCUGGCAUUAUCUCUCACGUCUACACUUUUUCCAGUCCAAUUCACUUUGACUGUCACCCUUCAGAUGAACUUCAAGAUGAAGGGCUGGUUCUCUUUCAGAGUUACCAGCAUGUUCUAGCCCUGGUGUUUGCUACAAAGCAGAUCAAUGAAAACCUCCAGUUCUUACCCAACCUCACUUUUGGGUUCAACAUCUAUAAUAGUAAUUUCAGUCCAAGCAGGACCUUCCUAGCCUCAAUGAAGCUUCUCUUCACGCACAGCACAUUUGCCCCAAACUACAAGUGUGGCUUUGGGAACAUUCCUGUAGCAGCAAUUGUGGGACCUGACAUCUGCCUCCAUGUAGCAAGCAUUUUGUACAUCUACAAAACUCCACAGGUAAUAUAUGGCUCUGCUCCAGCAAUGAAUAAAGAAACCCAAGGUGUUUUUUUACAACAAAUGUUCCCAAACGAGGCCCUGCAACACCGAGGAAUCCUCCAGUUACUGCUGCAUUUUAGAUGGACAUGGAUUGGAGUUCUUUCUGUGAAGGAUGAAGCAGGAGAAAGGUUUGUACGGGAUGUACUCCCCAUGUUUUCUCAACAUGGAAUCUGCUUUGAUUUUAUGGAAUGGUUCCCAAAUUUAGCUUUUUACACUGAUUUUAUGGAAGUGAUGGAUAAAGGACUUGAAAUAUACAAAGCUGUCAUGAAAAGCACAGCCAACGUGAUAAUUGUGUAUGGCGAGAUUCAGACUAUGACAUUUUUAAAAUCGUUUCUUCGUUUUUCAGAAGUGGAAGACAUACCAGUGAGUACCAAAAUCUGGGUUAUGCCAGCCCAAAUGGAUUUUGAAUCAGUAUCCUUUGACAGAAACUGGGAUAUACAUUUCCUCCAUGGUGCUUUAUCCCUCUCUGUUAACUCAAAGGAGGUGUUUGGAUUCCAGGAAUUUCUUCAAAGCAGAAAUCCAACCACAGAACCACAUGAUGGGUUCAUCAGAGAUUUUUGGGAGCAGGUGUUUGCUUGCUCAUUUCCCAACUCUAAAAAGAAUAAAGGGACUGAGAGCAUUUGUACUGGAGAAGAGAAAUUGGAGUCUCUUCCGACUUCUACUUUUGAAAUUAGCAUGCGUGGCUACAGCUACAAUAUGUACAACACUGUCUAUGCUGUGGCACAUGCUUUACAGUCGAUGGAUUCCUCUAAAUCCAAGCAAAGAAAUUGGAUGGAUGUGGGGAGAGAGAACUUUCAGGACAUACAAUUGUGGCAGCUAUACCCUUUUCUGAGAAGUGUCUCGUUCAACAAUAGUGUGGGUGAAAAGAUCUCCUUUGACAAAAAUGGACAAUUUAUUGGAGGAUUUGAUAUUAUAAACUGGGUCACUUUUCCAAACCAGUCAUUUUCUAAGGUGAAAGUAGGAAAGAUAGACCCCUUCCAUAUUUAUUUGGAUUCCAUUAAAUGGCCAGAAAACUUUAAUCAGGCACACCCAAUUUCUAUGUGUACUAAUCAUUGCCAGAGAGGGUAUAGGAAGACCCAUAAGGAAGGGAAGCCGUUUUGUUGUUUUGAUUGCCUUCCAUGUCCAGAAGGGAAGAUUUCAACUGAAGAGGAUAGAGAUGACUGUGUUCCAUGUCCAGAAGAUCAAUACCCAAACCACAACAAAGAUUCAUGCUUCCCCAAAGUUAUCUCUUUCUUAUCAUAUGAAGAACCACUGGGGAUGAGUUUGGCUACUUGUGCCCUUUCUUUUGCUUUCAUCACAUCUUUGGUGCUCAGGAUCUUCAUUCAACACAGGGACACUCCCAUCGUGAAAGCCAACAACAGGAACCUCACCUAUAUUAUUCUCAUCUCCCUUCUACUCGCUUUCUUUUGUGCUUUCCUAUUUAUUGGGAGGCCCAAUCAAAUUGUAUGUCUUCUUCGACAACCAGCUUUUGGCAUUAUCUUCUCAGUGGCGGUUUCCUGUUUGUUGGCCAAAACCAUUGUGGUGGUCCUAGCAUUCAUGGCCAGCAAGCCUGGGUCCAAAAUCAGAAGAUGGGUGGGGAAAAGAUUGGUGAGCUCCAUUGUUCUUUCUUGCUCUCUUGUUCAAGCCACCAUUUGUGCCUCAUGGCUGAUGACAUUCCCACCAUACCCAGAUGUUGACAAGCACUCCAUGUCUCAGGAAAUUAUAUUAGAAUGCAAAGAAGGAUCAGUGAGCAUGUUUUACUGUGUCUUGGGCUUUAUGGGCUUCUUGGCCAUUGUCAGCUUCUCUGCAGCUUUUCUAGCCAGGAAACUACCUGACAGUUUCAACGAAGCCAAAUUCAUCACCUUCAGCAUGUUUGUCUUCUGCAACGUCUGGUUGUCCUUUGUUCCAAGCUACUUGAGUACCAAAGGAAAAUACAUGGUGGCUGUGGAGGUCUUCUCCAUCUUAUCCUCUAGUGCUGGCUUACUGGGUUGUAUCUUUGCCCCCAAAUGUUUUAUCAUCCUGUUCAGACCUGAAUUAAACAGCAAACCUUUGCUCAUGAAGAGGCAGUAUUGA